GUUACUACCGCUAGUGAGGACACUCACUCUCCACAGUCUUUGAAUCUGCUCGAUCAAGUAUUUGGGGAGCAGGAGCAGUAUUCUUCCCUACAUCCAGCCCUGAUUAACUUUGGUGGAGAGACGACUAGCUCUUUGGUAUCUGGUGAGCCAUUUAUUAAGAAGACCACAGCGUUCCAGACUCUUGCAUCAACCAGUGGCCCGACAAGAGAGUUAGUUGCACGCAAGCGGUUUUCAGGUCUGGGUAUCCGACGGCCAGUAAUCCCUCUGUGCCUGUUGACGCAAGCAGAAGGAAACAGUCAGCUGGAUGCCAAGCUACACAAGACCUCUUCAGUGAAGCACUUUUUUACGUGGUUUUCGUCUAGAUCCCUGUGCGAUGCAGAGCCUCAUCAAUCAAGUCUUCUGAACCAGCAGCAAGAGCAGCAGAAAGAGCUUGCUGAAAAAGCUCCUAUUACCAAAACAUGA